AUGGUUGAGCUUCUAUUCGAGGAUAUUUUCACUUUGACGAGGCUUGAUCCAGAUGGCAAAAAGUUUGACAAAGGUAAACAUGUUCUUCAUCUUAUCUUAUUUAGUCUUAAUCAGAUCAUGGAGAGUUCUCUUGCUAUCAUCCUGUAUCGAUUGGAUCAGUAUUUUUCGCUGUCGAUAUUAAGCAUUUGCUCCCUAUGAUGGAAUGCUCUAGUGGAGGGAGAUCGAGAAUCAGCUGGUUUGGAUAACUGGGCAAUGUGCUCAUGGGCGGAACAUGGAAAUAUCGACGACUCAUCGAUGAUCCACUGGUUUUGGUGACAAAACAUGCCCAAAAUGUGAUGUUUUCUGGGGAAUUUUCACAUUUCUUCAUCUGUGGCAAUCUGAUUAAUCGUUUCUUUUAUUAUUUCUUUUAUAAGAUAUAGAAGAUGCGCCCAUUUUCCUCUGAAUCCGAAGUUCCUCGUUGCAUUCAUAUUAUUGUCCGGCCUUAUUCUUCAUCGAUUAAAUGGGCUUUUACAUGCUUUUUUUGGAAAUCAUCCGGUAUAUAUUGUGAUCCAAAGCUCUUCCUCCAUCAUCAACAGUGUCCCGCAUCGUUGCGCACAGUGAGCAAUUCGAUAUGGACAUGCAACUAGAUGUGAACACGGAUGUGUACCCCAUGCAUGUUGGGGACAAGUUUACUAUGGUUUUGGCUCCUACUCUCAGCCUGGAUGGGACACCUGACAGUGGUUAUUUUACUCAGGUGAUGUGCACCUUACCUUAAGUUUCUGUUCUUGGUUGACUUCCAUUUCCUCCUGGUGCUUAGUCUUGAACCUCAUGAAAGUCGAAUACUCAUAAUUAUCAAAAAAAUUAUAAUGAAGAUACUUAUCCUCUCACGAUUCAUCAAAAAACAAAACCAUCCAAUAAAAGAAAAAAACUUUUUGAUUUCUUUAUUUCUUUUUCUGCCCAUUUCCCUUUUUUUUUAUUUUUUUUAUGAAUCUUGACACUGGAUUUUCUGUGAAUCAUCUCGGUUGUCUUUAAUCCGGUAUUCAUGUUGAUGGCAGAAGUUUUUCAUUAAUAGCCCCUCCUCUUAAUAAAAUAUUCUUGUAUUAUUUUUUAUUUUAUGCCAAAAACACGGAGCACAUGAACUAGUAACUAUUCUGAGGAGUUUCAUCCAAAAAUUAUUUUAGGGUACGAGGAAGUCUCUUGCGGACAAGUUUGAGUAUGUCAUGCACGGGAAGCUGUACAAAAUCUCUGAGGAAGGUUCCGGACCCAAUGUGAAAGUGUAUGUUUCUGUCUCAUUAGCACAAUUUUCCAUAUAUUUUGGCAUUUAUUUGUGCAGUAAAUAUGUUGAAACGGGGAAUAAAAUAUAUCUGCGAUGAUAAUAUUUAGGUAGAGUUGGAUCGAAAAUGCAUGUUUCCCCUCUUACCAUCAUAUAUUUUCGGUAAAUUUCUCAGAUUACUUAUUUCAACAACCAUACUGCACAGAACUGCUCUGAAUUGGAUCAAAAUUGUGUGGUUCCUUCUUACCAUAGUAGUAAAAUUUUCGGUAAAUUUUAGAAAUUAUUUAUUGAAGAAAAUCUAUUGAAUCAUGAGAUAAAAAUAGAGCUGCUCUUAUCAUAUAUGUAUAGAUCUGCCCGGUGGGUAUCGUGGUUCUUCAAGGAAGAAAGAUCCCCAUUUAUCCGUAAAUGUUUAAAUGUGUGCAUUUUUGGGAUCAAGAAGAUAUGAUAGAAAUGAUCAGAUUGCCAGAUCACCCAAAUCAGAAAGUCUCCACCCUUUCAUUGUUCUUGGCUCUUCCCAGUUGACUUCUUCAAGAGAGAAGUAUUAUGUUCCGAUUUAUUACACUUUAUUCCCUUUUCUUUUUUAUCUCCUUCCCAAGUUCAUCAGUCUAAACACAAUCGAUGUCGGCGAUUGAUUGUUAGGGGAUCUUGUUCAGGGAGAUGUACGCGUCCUUUGGUGGCCUCCUGAUGAUGCUCAAGGGAGACCCUUCCAAUGCGGUGAGCUUCGAGUUGGACCAGAGGGUGUUCCUCCUAAUCAGGAAAGUCUGA